AUGGCAAAGAAUAUAAAUGCGUCAAGUAAAAUCGUGCUGAACGCCUACAACAUGCAGAUGUCGAUCCGACAUAGCGUCAAUGUCUUAAGAGAAAAUGUAAUAGUAGGACAAUCGACGAUCAUUCAGAUGUUUGACAGGAAACUACGCAUCCCAAUCGAAAAAGGAGUCCGUCAAGGGGACACCAUUUCCCCUAAAUUGUUUACGACAGCUCUUAACCAUGUCAUGGUGAGAUUGAACUGGGACAACAAAGGCGUGGCGGUAGACGGAAAGAAAUUGUCAAACCUACGUUUCGCGGAUGACAUAGUCCUUAUAAGCAACAAUAGCAGAGAGAUGAAUUCACUUCUGAACGAACUCUGUGAAGCUGGAAAAGCUAUUGGACUAUCGAUGAACAUGAGAAAAACGCAGACGAUGAGGAAUCAGUGGUGCGACGAUGGUGAAGUAUACCUUGAAGGCGUAGCUGUAGAAAACGUCAAAUCAUAUAUCUAUCUCGGUCGCGAGAUUAACAUGCAAAAUGAUUUGCAAUAUGAAAUUGACCGCCGGAAAAGAGCAGCGUGGGCAGCCAUGGCAAGAAUUCGAGAAGUGACGAACGAGAUUCAAGACCCUCUAGUACGUGCCAAUCUUUUCGAUGCUUCCGUGCUCCCUGCUCUAUGCUACGCCACUGAAACAUGGGCAACGAACAAAGGUGUUGACAAAUCGCUAAGAACCGUUCAUCGGGCUUUGGAAAGAUCGCUGGUGAAAAAGACAAAGCUGAUGCAAUGGCAGCAAAGACUAAGCAGUAACGACAUCCGAAGAGAAUCAAGAAUUCGAGACCCAUCCUUCUAUGUAGCUGCCGCAAGACAUAAAUGGGCAGGACACGUGAUACGUCGCCAGGAUGACAGGUGGACGACCAGAAUUACGUACUGGUAUCCUCGAGAUACCAAACGAACACCUGGGCGUCCCGCUACUCGCUGGUCUGAUGUUUUUUCAAAAUCGUUCAAACAAAGAGGUUUUACCUUGGAUGACCGUUGCACAUUGCAAAAAACAUGGGAGGCGCAAUUAGUCCAGCAUUGGCGAACACCGGCCAAUGAGAUGGAUCAUCAA